GAGUCCUUUAUUUUUCGGUGGAGCUGGUGAGCUCGUUUUUAACCCGACUUGUGCACGCGGGUGGGAGUUAGGGAGGACUCAGCUUCGGAAUAACGUCCCCACCCCAGGGAUGAGCUCUGUUUUCUUAAGUUUCUACUUGACUGGAUAAGAUGGAAUUAAGAAGGAGGACCUGACCAUUGGCCCCUGAUUACAUGUCUUUGAGGGAAGAAAUGUUGUCUUCUGCUUAAUCCUGAAUAUUAUAUCCAAAGUCAGAGCAUUAAUUCCAAAGCAGAAAGCUUCUGAAAAACAAAUAGUGUCAUGGCAUGAUGUUAGAACAUUUUUCAAAUGAUGGUUCUACACAUUAGAAGAAUUGGAAUUCAAUAACCAAUUUGAGAAACACAAAUAAAAUUAAAUUAUAAGGGAAAAAUAAUUCAAGAGGAAAAUCAUGAAUAUAACAGUUUGAGGGAAAUAUUAAAUCUCAGCUCAAAUCUUUUAAACAACUGAGAGUUUCUAGAAGAUAAAGACCUCAUAAUUAUGACACAAGUGGAGCUUAAAACAUAAUUCUGCUUCAAUAGAUUUUUUUAAAAGGCAACUUAUAAAUGAAAAAUAAUUUUAAAUAUAAGAAAGGAUGCAUUUGUACCUCAAACCUUAUUCUGGAAACAAUUUAAAUGUAAACCCAUAAUUCAGUAUUAAUGGAAUCUGAGAAAAUUUGUAUGAGAAAGAAAUGUAAAUGUAAACUAUGUGGUAAAUCCUUCAGCCGAAACACUAGUCUUAUUCAACAUCAAAGAAUACAUACUGGAGAGAAACCUUAUGAAUGUAAUGAAUGUGGAAAAGCUUUUAGUCAGAGCACUAACCUUAUUCAACAUCAAAGAGUCCAUACUGGGGAGAAACCUUAUAAGUGUAAUAAAUGUGAAAAAGCUUUUAGUCAUAGGUCAUCCCUUAGAAAUCAUGAGAGAAUACAUAGUGGAGAAAAACCCUAUCCUUGUAAUGAAUGUGGAAAAGUUUUCAGCCAUAUUUCAGCCCUUACUCAACACCACAGAAUUCACACUGGAAAGAAACCAUAUGCAUGUGCUGAAUGUGGGAAAACCUUCAGCCGGAGCACACAUCUUAUAGAACAUCAAGGCAUUCAUUCUGGGGAGAAAUCCUACCAGUGUAAGGAAUGUAGGAAAGUUUUUUGCCACAGCUCAUCACUAAUCCGACAUGAGAGAACUCACACAGGAGAAAAACCCUACAAAUGUAAUGAAUGUGGAAAAGCCUUCAGCCAUACCCCAGCCUUCAUUCAACAUCAGAGAAUUCAUACUGGAGAGAAACCCUAUGAGUGUAAUGAAUGUGGAAAGGCCUUUAAUCGGAGUGCACAUCUUACUGAACACCAGAGAACUCACACUGGAGAGAAACCUUAUGUUUGUAAGGAAUGUGGAAAAACUUUCAGCCGAAGUGCACACCUUACUGAACAUCUAAAAAUACAUUCUGGUGUGAAACCCUAUCGAUGUAAUGAAUGUCAAAAACUAUUUUACUAUAGAACAUCACUAAUUCGACAUCAGAGAACUCAUACAGAAGAGAAACCCUACCAGUGUAAUGAAUGUGGGAAAACCUUCAGCUUAAGCUCAGCCCUUACUAAACAUAAGCGAACACAUACAGUGGAGAAACCUUAUCAGAGUAAUGAAUGUGGGAAAGCCUGCAGCCAUAGGUCAUCCCUUAACCCUGAGCACUCACAGUAGUAAAAAACUCUUAAGAUUGUUAUGCAAGAAAAACUUGAGGUAAAAUACUCAUUUACUCAAUAUUAUAGUGUUUGUACUGAGAAGAAACACUGUUCUUGUAAUUCAUCUGAAAAAUGUGUUAUCAUUGAUAUAAAAAUUUAUAAUGGAAACAGUCAUCUCUAAAACUGAAAUUUGUCUUUUAAAGACAUUUAGGAAAUUAGUUUUAGAGAUAAUUUAUUACCAAUGUAUAUAUUUGCUUAUAAUUAAAGCCUUUUCAGAUACACAGAAG